AUGCCAUUAACAUUUUUCUGGGGUAAAACCACAGAAAUUAUAUUUCCUGGCUGGCCAGGCGAGAGCUUCGGUGGAUACAUAUCAGCCUUAGUUUUAGUAUUUGUAAUCUCUCUGCUAGUUGAGUGGCUCUCACAUGCCCGGUUGGUGAAGUUGAGCAGCAGCAAUGUUCUGACUGAUGGGCUUUUGCAGACUCUCAUGUAUGCCAUGAGGAUUGCUCUGGCUUACCUGGUAAUGCUUGCUGUUAUGUGUUUGAAUAUUGGGGUGUUGGUGGCAGCUGUUGCAGGAUAUUCUGUAGGAUUCUUGGUUUUUGGGAGUCAAGUUUUCAGGAAGUUGAGGAUAGAACCAUACCAGGAUUUGUCUGAUCUUCCUCCAUUGAAUUGCUAA